GACAAGAAAAAGCAGAUGGGAAAGAUGGCCGGUUGAUCUUCAUGAAUGACCGUUGCCUCCACGUGUAGCCGGCAAAUAAUUGCUUAUGCCAUCGCCAAAGAACCUAUCUUAUUCUCCUUUCGCCAUCAUGAAUCGUGGAGAAGUAAUCGGGGCUCUUAACCGGUGGAAGUGGCCUGUAGCUGGUGUAGCAGCUGCUUUUGUAGGGUCAUUGUACACGUUGGGAUUCAGUCAGGUUUUUCAACUGUACGCCUCUGAUGACAAAGAAGUAGCUGGCACUUCAUCUUAUGGCGUCAAAGGACUUCUUAAAAAACUAAUACAUGACUUUAUCCAAGGAGGAAAGAGCCCUGACAAUCCACCGUUAAGUCCCAGCGAAGCCAGCAUGAUUAUCAGAAAAAAUGAGAAACGUGUGGAUGUGAACAGUGGGGUGGUUUAUUACUACGAUACCAACAACUUGGCUUCAAAUAACCCCAUGGAAGAUCGUAACACAGAAUGCAGGAUAAUAAAGAAUAACGGUUUUCUCUUUAGUGUGUUUGAUGGCCAUGGUGGCUGGCAGUGUGCAGAGGCUGUGAAGAAUCGCCUUCCACUUUAUAUUGCACUGUCUUUGCUCGAAAAAUCUGAACUCGGGAGAUUUGAGAAAAAAAUUAUCAAGGAUUUACUAUUGGCCAGUUUGUAUAGCAAUGGAAGUACUUCAGCGAGUUCAAAUACUAAUGAGACAUCGUCUCUUACUACUGAUUACACUUUAUCUAAAAAGCAAGACAUUUUUCAUACUGGGCCAAAGUAUCUAGUCCAAAGUCUGAAGGACGUAUUGAAUGGUGAUGACAAGUUAACCGCAGAGGAAUCCUUGAGCCUUGCUUAUUCGCAGUUGGACGACGAUAUUUCUGCAGAAGCGAUUCCUCUUAAGAUGUUGGAUGAUUCUUUCGUAAUUGGUGCAACUGGUGCUUGUGCAGUUUCUGCUUAUGUUGAAGGAGACAGUAUCUAUCUAGCAAAUUCUGGUGAGUUAAGAGUAUCCCCUCUCCCCCAACCCCCUCAUUUUUAUCUGUCAUUGGGCAGUUGCAUUUUUAGUCCGCACACCCCCUAUUGAGGACAUUCGGAAAAUCCAAGGGAGGGGUAUCUUGAGUUCCCUGGAAAAUCCAAGGGAGGGGUGGUCUGUAAAAGUUGGAUUUCCAAGGGAGGGGUAUCUUGAGUUCUUUGGAAAAUCCAAGGGAGGGGUGGUCUGAAAACGUUGGAUUUCCAAGGGAGGGGUAUCUUGAGUUCUUUGGAAAAUCCAAGGGAGGG